UGUUCCUGUAAACGCGUUGUGAAAACAGACGGUGUGUCCUGCGCAGGCCGCCGUACUGACUCUGUGACGGCCGACUGGCAGUGCAGCUGCUACUGUAUAUAUAUUUUAUUUUGAUAAAGAAUUAAUGGAAUAAAUCUCGAAAGCAAGCUCAGAUAUGAGUGAUAUCCGUCACGCCCUGCUGCGGCGAGACCCGCUGAGCGCGGCUAAGGAGGUCCUGUACCACCUGGACAUAGCGCUGGGGAGCACGCUGCAGAACGCCCCGGGCCUGGACAAGAGCACGGUGGAGCUGGUGGAGGAGUUUAUAUUCCACGUCCCCAAGGACCGGAACACACAGCGCAAGAGGAUGAGCUGUGUUCAGGAGCUGCAGCUGUUGGAGAUCAUGUGCAGUUAUUUCCAGGAGCAGAGUAAGGACGCAGUGAGGCAGGUGAUCUUCUCGGCGCUCUUCAGCCUGCAGGGAAACAAAGCCGACGAGAGCCGCAUGGCCACGCUGGGUAAACUGGUGUCCAUGGCCGUCGCCGUGUGCCGCGUGCCCAUCCUGGAGUGCGCCGCCACCUGGCUGCAGCGUACGCACUCUGCGUGGUGUGUGCGGUUGGCGCUGGUGUUGGUGGAUGAUUACUGCACGUUAGUCCCGGGUUCCAUCAGCACGCUGCAGAACGUCUGUUCAGCCAGUCCUCGCUUCUGCUGCCAGCUCAUCACCGCCGUCACCGCCCUGUACGACUUCUCCUCAGAGGAGUUAACCCCGCCCCCCUCCCUGUUGGACAUGGUGGUUGGUUGGAUCACAGAAGACCCCAGGCUGCUCCUGCUGACCUUCAUUAACACUCCCCUGACCUCCAGCCUGCCGCUGGGGUGUUUGGAGGUCACGCCCCUCGCGGGUCUGCUCCGGUGGUGUGUGAAGGCGCCGCUCGCCUCGCAGAGAGCCCGGAAGUCAGCGGCGACCGGCGCGCAGCUGGAGCAGGAGAACGGGGCCGUGUGUGAAGAGCUGUACUCCAAGCUGCACCUGAGUGUUCUUCAGGUGUUCCUCAUGCUACAGGUGCACCUGACGGAGCAGAACCUGCUCGGCCGUCUCGCCGUGCUGCAGGUGGAGUCCGUGGCCGCUCUCGUAGAGGAAGUGAGCGGCUUGGUGGAGGAACUCAACCCGCUCCACGCCGCCAAUCAAAUCCAGCUGGCUCUGGAUAGGCUGGCCCAGGCCCUGCAGGUUGCCAUGGCGACAGGAGCGUUGCUGUGUUCCCGAGAGGAUCUGAGAACUCUGUGCUCGCGUCUGCCUCAUAACAAUAUGUUACAGCUGGUCAUAUCCGGUCCGGUGGUUCCGCACGGAGCGGCGUUCCAGCCCAGCGUGUAUCCCUACAUCCACCCGGCCCGGCCCACUCCGCUCUCGCCCCACCCCGCCCUCUCUCCUCUGCCCGCCCACCCCGCCCACCCCGCCCUCGCCACACACCACCAGCUAACGCCACACACGGCGCACUCGCCCCUCCCUCCUCCACACGCCUUCCACCCCGCCUCCAUGGCCUUCCAGUACCGGCCCAUCCGCUGAGCCCGGCGCUCCGACUCCUCCUCAACCAAACCUGUUGGAUUUUAUACACGAGUGUGAGAUCAGAUUCCAUGACGAGAGUCAGAUCCAGACUGUAACGUAAUAAACCAUUAAUCAGGAUGAAAAUGGAGAAAGUUCACCCUGUUAAUGUCGGCUGAUAUUUUUUACUCGACACGCGUUCUUGAAGAUGAACUGAAUUUUUUAAAAAAGUUUCUUCAUGUAAAUAUUUUCUCAAAAGCUGUGAUGUGUUGAAGUCUGUUAGGGAUUUUUCCAUGAGACUUUUUUUCUUACUGUUUUUGUAUUUGUUACAAAAUGGUGGCGUGUCGAAGCUGAUAAACGUAUCAGAAUAUGAAUUUUGUAUAAAAAUUAUAUUCAAUAAAAUUCUUUUUUUCUGUGGUGUGUUUAGUACAUUUA